AUGCCUAAGUCAAAAAGCCUUCGUGAUUUGGUUCGUGAUAUUCGUUCGGCACGCACCGCAGCCGAAGAACGAGCUAUUGUUAAUCGAGAAUGCGCUCAAAUUCGGGAUUGUUUUCGUGAGGAAAAUGACACAUAUCGUUGUCGAAAUGUCGCAAAACUGCUUUAUAUUCAUAUGCUGGGUUACCCAGCUCACUUCGGUCAAAUGGAAUGCUUGAAACUUAUCGCUUCUCCUCGAUUUACCGACAAGAGAGUAGGAUACCUUGGAGCAAUGCUCCUUCUAGAUGAACGAUCAGACGUGCAUCUCUUGGUCACAAAUUCUCUUAAAAAUGAUCUCAAUCAUUCGAAUGUUUACGUCACCAGCUUAGCACUCUGCACUUUAGGGUCGAUUUGUUCUACUGAAAUGAGUAGAGAUUUGGCUGGUGAAGUUGAACGAUUAGUUAAAUCUCCCAAUCCCUAUAUUAAAAAGAAGGCUGCACUCUGUGCAUUUCGCAUAGUUCGUAAAGUCCCCGAAUUGAUGGAGAUAUUUAUUCCGUGUGCUCGAGCUCUACUAAGCGAGAAGAAUAAUGGAGUUCUUUUGACUGCUGUCUGCCUCAUUACUGAAAUGUGCGAUCGAAGUCCAGAUACUUUGAAGUACUUCCGAAAGCAAAUGGUUCCGACUUUGGUGCGAACUCUAAAAACCCUCGUUACUACUGGCUACUCGCCUGAUCAUGAAGUAAAUAAAAUCAACGACCCAUUCCUACAGGUAAAAAUUCUCCGCCUGAUGCAUAUCCUUGGUAAAGGAGACAAGGCAGCCAGUGAAGCUAUGAAUGAUAUUCUAGCGCAAGUUGCAACGAGCACAGAAACUGCAAAAAACGUAGGCCAUGCAAUUCUCUACGAAAUUGUCCUUACUAUCAUGGGCAUCGAUUCUGAUCCCGGUCUUCGGGUGCUAGCAAUCAACAUCCUGGGUCGUUUUCUUCUGAACACGGACAAGAAUAUUCGCUACGUUUCAUUAAAUACCUUACUUCGUGUUGUCGGUGUAGAUCAGCGUGCUGUACAGCGUCAUAGGGCAACCAUUCUGGAAUGUCUAAAAGACCCAGAUACCUCCAUUCAACACCGUGCGUUAGAUCUGUGUUGCGUUCUGAUCAAUGCAUCGAAUGUGAAGACGGUGAUGAAGGAUUUGUUGUGGUUUCUGGAGAACUGCGAUGUAGAAUUCAAGUCGGAUGUGUGCUCUAAGAUUAUUACAGCCGUUGAAAAGUACUCACCGAACAAGCUCUGGCGUGUUGAUACCACCCUCAAUGUUUUGAAGCUGGCAGGAAAUCGAGCUCGUGAUGACGUUGUAGCCUCCAUGGUCUAUCUGAUCUCCCAAUCUCCCGAACUCCAUGGAUAUGCCGUUACUCAGUUAUUCAGAUCCAUGCAAGCAGAUCUUACCCAACAACCUCUAGUUCAGGUGGCGACAUGGUGCACAGGUGAAUACGGAAAUUUGUUACUUCAAGAAAAUGAUGGACGGUCCAAAAUUACAGAAUCAGAUAUCAUUGAUCUAUUUGCCGAGGCCCUCACCUCUCCGGUGUGCAAUUUACCUACUAAAGAGAUGAUUAUAUCUACCGUCAUGAAACUCAGUGUCCGUUUGGGACCUACCCAUUCUGAGCGUAUGAAAUCUCUUGUGCAGCUUUAUUCCACCAGCAUGAAUCUAGAACUUCAGCAGCGUUCAGUUGAGUACUAUACUAUCUUUAAGAAGCGUCCAGUGGGCUUUCGUGAGGGUCUUUUUGCUUGCAUGCCUGUCUUUGCUCCCUCGAGAAAUUUUCUCUCAGAAGGUGACAACGGUGAAGAUGAUUCGGUCGGGGAAACACAAGAAGAUCAACACAACGAUUCUCUCCUAAAUACUUCCGGUAAUGAAGCCACCCAGAAGAACGAUACCGAUAACUUGUUGGACCUGCUUGGUGACGCAACUGCUCCAGUGUUUAACUUUGCUCAAACUGAUCAUGGCCAUUCCGCAGGUUCUGAUCAUACUAAAGAUAUUCUUGAUAUGAUAAUGGGCAAUGAUCCGACACCACCGGCUCCUCAGAAUUUAAACCCUUCAUCUUCUGUUCUUUCAUCGAAUUUAUUUUCGGAAUCUCGACUUCUUAGUGAAUCGGCAAGUGCAUCAGUCAAUGGGUUUAAAGUUGCCCCUCAACUAGCGCCACCACUAACUGUUUACAAUGCGAAUAGCAUUCGUAUUGUAUUCGAAUUCGAACAUUCAAAUGAUCCAUUGGAUCUCAGUUUCGCCUCGUCUGUUCCGCCAUGCGUCCAGAUUCGCGCAUCUUCGUACAACACCGGUAGCCUGCCAAUUGAAUCUUUUGAAAUGCAGGUUGCUGUACCGAAGUCCUUCCAGCUGGAAAUGUUUCCACCUUCAGCAACUUGCCUCUUGCCAAUAACGUCAGAUAUUCCACCUGUCACACAAGUCUUCAAGGUCUCCAAUCCCAAUCGACAACAAUUACGGCUUCGUAUCCGUCUGAUCUUCAUACAAAGUGGCACUCAGAAGCAGGAACAAUUUCAGAUCGAUCAACUACCCAGCAAUCUUUUUGCCUAG